UGGAAUGUUGUGGAAUUUAAUGGAUGAGUCAGACGCCUGCGACAGUGCGGCACAGUGCGGCAGGAUAAGGUAGAGGUCGCUGGGAAGAAGCACAAUUUAGACAGAGUUGAGAUUAUACUUUGCCACACCCUGCAGCCAUCUUGGUCCUCGCAAGACAACACUUGAUCUCGUUAAGCGGUGAAGAAAGCCUUUGCGAUGGAUCAAAUCACGCCAAAGGAGGUUAAAAUCCUGGAAAAUCCAGAGGAUAUAAAAGAGCGGAGAGAACAAGUGCUUGGUCGGUAUGCGAACUUCAAAUCUGAGGCCCGAAAUAAGCGUGACAAGCUCGAGGACUCCCGACGCUUUCAGUACUUUAAGCGUGAUGCGGAUGAACUUGAGGGAUGGAUUUAUGAGAAGCUUCAAGCUGCUUCGGAUGAAAGUUUUAAGGAUCCUACCAAUUUACAAGCAAAGAUACAAAAACACCAAGCAUUCGAAGCCGAGGUAGCAGCACAUUCCAAUGCCAUUGUGUUAUUAGAUAACACUGGUUCUGAAAUGAUCGCACAGCACCACUUUGCAAGUGACGUUAUUCGUAAAAGACUUGAGGAACUACAUCGUCUAUGGAAAUUACUCCUUUCAAGAUUAGCUGAUAAGGGAUUGAAACUGCAACAAGCAUUGGUUCUCGUUCAGUUCAUUCGUCACUGCGAUGAAGUCAUGUUUUGGAUCCACGACAAAGAAGCGUUUGUGACCACUGAUGAAUUUGGUCAUGACCUCGAACAUGUAGAAGUGCUGCAAAGAAAGUUCGAUGAGUUUCAGAAGGACAUGGCCAGUCAAGAGUACAGAGUAACGGAAGUAAAUGAAUUUGCGGAUAAACUUCUACUUGAUGGUCACCCAGAACGCGACACUAUCCUUCGCAGGAAAGAGGAACUUAAUGAAUCUUGGCAGCGACUGAAACAACUUGCAAUUCUUCGUCAGGAGAAAUUAUUUGGAGCUCAUGAAAUCCAAAGAUUUAAUCGAGAUGCCGAUGAAACAAUGGCUUGGAUUGCCGAGAAAGAUGUUGUUCUCUCUUCCGAUGACUUUGGUCGAGACCUUGCCAGUGUACAAACACUACAACGUAAACAUGAGGGAAUUGAACGUGACUUGGCAGCUUUGGAAGACAAAGUUGCUACUUUGAGCGCAGAAGCAGAUCGCCUUGCCGGUAUUCAUCAAACCGAUCAUUCGCAACAAAUUCAAACGAAGCGCGAUGAGAUUCUGCAAUCAUGGGAGAGUCUUACUGCUAAAGCAAAAGAACGCCGUCUCAAGCUUGAUGAAUCGUAUUAUCUUCAUCGCUUUUUAGCCGAUUACAGAGACUUAGUGUCAUGGAUGAAUGAUAUGCGUGCCAUCAUUUCAGCGGAUGAAUUGGCUAAAGAUGUUGCAGGUGCAGAAGCAUUGCUUGAAAGACAUCAGGAACACAAGGGAGAAAUUGACGCACGAGCUGACAGUUUUGAUGCUACGACUUUGGCAGGUAACCAACUUCUCGAAAGAAAACAUUAUGCUGCGGAUGAAGUAGCUCUGAAGUUAGAUUCCUUGGCUGAGGAUAAAUCAUCUCUUUUAACACUGUGGGAGAAAAGGCGCAUUCUGUAUGAGCAAUGCAUGGAUUUACAACUUUUCUACCGAGACACGGAGCAAGCAGAUGCCUGGAUGGCAAAACAGGAGGCAUUUUUAGCUAACGAAGAUUUGGGGGAUUCUUUGGACAGCGUAGAAGCUUUAAUUAAGAAACACGAAGACUUUGACAAAUCUCUUGCUGCCCAAGAAGAGAAAAUUAAAGCUUUGGACGAAUUCGCCGGAAAACUAAUCGAAGGAGAACACUAUGCAGCUGACGAUGUUGCCCAGCGACGUCAGUUAUUAUUGGAGAGAAGAGCUGUUCUUUUGGAGAAGUCGGCCCAGAGACGACAGCGAUUAGAAGAUGCAUACAAAUUGCAACAAUUUGAACGAGAUUGCGAUGAAACUAAGGGUUGGGUUAAUGAGAAACUAAAGUUUGCCACUGAUGACAGUUACUUAGAUCCCACCAAUCUUAACGGUAAAGUGCAGAAACACCAGAAUUUCGAGCAGGAACUCAAUGCCAACAAGACACGUAUGGAAGAAAUGGUAUCGACUGGGCAGAAACUUAUUGAGAGCGAUCACUAUGCCAGUGAUCGUAUUCGAGCGCGCACGGAUGAAAUUGUUGCACUUUGGAACAGCCUGGAUCAUGCAACUGAGAAGAAGGGUACAAAAUUGCAAGAAGCUUCGCAGCAACAACAGUUCAAUCGGACAGUUGAGGACAUCGAACUAUGGCUGUCCGAAGUUGAAGGACAGCUAAUGUCUGAAGAUUAUGGAAAAGAUUUGACCAGUGUUCAAAAUCUGCAAAAGAAGCAUGCUCUUUUGGAAGCUGACGUGGGAUCCCAUGCUGACCGAAUUGAGAGCAUUGCCCAAGCUGCCGAACAAUUUGUCAAAUCUGAACACUUUGAUGCUGAGAAUAUUAAGGCCAAACAGGAACAACUUCAAGGACGUUACUCGGCUCUUCAGCGACCGAUGAGCAUUCGGAAACAACGAUUGUUGGAUUCGUUACAGGUACAACAACUGUUUAGAGACAUCGAAGACGAAGAAGCAUGGAUCAGGGAAAAGGAACCUGUCGCAGCUAGCACUAAUCGUGGACGUGACCUUAUUGGAGUCCAGAACUUACAGAAGAAGCAUCAAGCAGUUUUGGCUGAAAUCAACAAUCACGAACCCAGAGUCGCUGCUGUAUGUCAGGCAGGAUCAAAAAUGUUACAAGACGGCCAUUUCGCAGCUGAAGAAAUCAGCCAAAGAUUGGCAGCUCUUGACGAGCAUUGGGGUCAACUCAAGGAAAAGGCUCGUCAACGUAAGAACGAUUUGGAUGAUUCCUUACAAGCUCAUCAAUACUUUGCAGAUGCCAACGAAGCAGAAUCCUGGAUGAAGGAAAAGCGUCCCAUUGUUAUGAAUGCAGAUUAUGGUAAAGAUGAAGACAGCUCGGAAGCUCUGUUGAAAAAACACGAAGCUCUGGUUAGUGAUCUUGAAGCAUUUGCUAGUACAAUUGCAGCCUUGAGAGAGCAAGCUGCAGCUUGCAGGCAACAGGAGACACCAACUGUGGAUAUUGCAGGUAAAGAAUGCGUUGUUGCUCUUUAUGACUAUGCCGAGAAGUCACCUAGGGAGGUUUCCAUGAAGAAGGGUGACACGCUGACUCUCUUGAAUUCCAACAAUAAAGACUGGUGGAAAGUAGAAGUAAACGAUAGGCAAGGCUUCGUACCUGCAGCUUACGUCAAACGAGUCGAACCUGAAGCAGGGCUUACUACUUCGCAACAAAAUCUGGCUAGAGAACAGAGUUCCAUUGCCGCAAGACAAGCUCAAAUCCAAGCCCAAUAUGAUGAUCUUUUAUAUCUGGCACGAGAACGUCAAAAUAAGCUCAAUGAAACUGCGAAGGCUUAUGUGUUGGUGAGAGAAGCUGCAGAGUUGGCUACGUGGAUCAAGGACAAGGAAAACCAUGCUCAGGUUCAAGACGUUGGAGAGGACUUGGAGCAAGUGGAAGUAAUGCAAAAGAAGUUUGACGACUUCCAGGCUGAUCUCAAGGCCAAUGAAGUGCGUCUUGCUGAAAUGAAUGAGAUCGCAGUGCAGUUGAUGAGUCUGGGACAGACCGAGGCAGCUGUGAAAAUUCAAACCCAAAUCCAGGAUCUUAACGAGAAGUGGUCCAGUCUUCAAACUCUUACUGCCGAACGUGCAAGUCAGUUAGGUUCUGCCCAUGAAGUACAACGGUUUCAUAGAGACGUUGAUGAAACUAAGGACUGGAUCCGUGAGAAAGAUGCAGCUCUUAAUAAUGAUGAUCUUGGCAAAGACUUGCGCAGCGUACAGGCUCUGCAACGUAAACACGAAGGUCUCGAAAGAGAUCUUGCUGCCUUAGGAGAUAAGAUCAAGCAACUGGAUGAAACAGCUAAUCGGUUGAUGCAGUCUCAUCCUGACACUGCCGAACAAACUUAUGCUAAGCAAAAGGAAAUCAACGAAGAGUGGACUCAGCUGACCGCCAAGGCCAACAGCAGAAAGGAAAAAUUACUCGAUUCUUAUGACCUGCAACGUUUCUUGAGUGACUACCGUGAUCUGAUGGCAUGGAUCAACUCGAUGAUGGGACUUGUGGCUUCCGAGGAACUUGCAUCCGAUGUGACAGGUGCCGAAGCGUUGCUCGAACGUCAUCAGGAACACCGAAUGGAGAUCGAUGCUCGAGCUGGCACCUUCCAGGCCUUCGAAUUGUUUGGCCAGCAGCUCCUGCAGUCGAGUCAUUAUGCUAGCGUAGAAAUUCAAGAGAAACUUGAAUCAAUGGCCGAGGCACGCCAGGAAUUGGAAAAAGCAUGGAUACAACGUAGAAUGCAGCUGGACCAAAAUUUGGAGCUGCAAUUGUUCUGCAGAGACUGUGAGCAAGCUGAAAAUUGGAUGAGUGCAAGAGAAGCGUUCCUGAGCAGCGCAGAUGCUGUCGAUAGCACCGACAACGUGGAGGCUCUUAUUAAAAAACACGAGGACUUCGACAAAGCAAUCAAUGCUCAUGAGGAAAAAAUUGCAGCCUUGCAAACUCUCGCCGAUCAGCUGAUCGCUGCCGAGCACUACGCUGCAAAGCCCAUCGACGAGAGACGAUGUCAAGUGCUGGACCGAUGGAGACAUCUCAAGGAUGCUCUCAUCGAGAAGAGAUCCAAGUUGGGCGAGUCGCAGACUCUGCAACAGUUCUCCAGGGAUGCCGACGAGAUGGAGAACUGGAUCGCGGAGAAGUUGCAGCUGGCGACAGAAGAGAGUUACAAAGAUCCGGCAAACAUCCAAUCGAAGCACCAGAAGCACCAAGCCUUCGAAGCGGAGCUCGCAGCGAACGCUGACAGAAUUCAGUCCGUCCUUGCCAUGGGAGGAAACUUGAUAGAAAAGCAUCAAUGUGCCGGAUCGGAAGAUGCAGUUCAAGCUAGACUGGCAUCCAUCGCUGACCAGUGGGAGUACCUUACCCAGAAGACAACCGAGAAGUCUAUGAAACUGAAGGAGGCCAACAAGCAGCGCACCUAUAUCGCAGCUGUGAAGGACCUGGACUUCUGGCUUGGUGAGGUGGAAAGUCUCUUGACCUCCGAGGAUGCUGGCAAAGAUUUAGCCUCCGUGCAGAACCUGAUGAAGAAGCAUCAGCUGGUGGAAGCUGACAUUCAAGCGCACGAGGAGAGGAUCAAAGACAUGAACGCUCAGGCUGAUUCGUUGAUCGAAAGUGGACAGUUCGAUGCUGCUGGUAUACAGGAGAAGCGUCAGAGUAUCAACGAACGAUAUGAAAGAAUCAAAAACUUGGCAGCACAUCGCCAGGCUAGACUGAACGAGGCAAACACCUUGCAUCAGUUCUUCCGUGACAUCGCCGACGAAGAGUCUUGGAUCAAGGAAAAGAAGCUUCUCGUUGGGUCUGACGAUUACGGCCGCGAUCUGACCGGAGUGCAGAACCUGAAGAAGAAGCAUAAGAGGUUGGAAGCUGAACUCGGCAGUCACGAGCCAGCUAUACAGGCGGUCCAAGAAGCGGGUGAAAAACUGAUGGACGUUUCGAACCUGGGAGUACCUGAAAUCGAGCAACGCCUGAAGCUUCUAAACCAAGCUUGGGCCGAGUUGAAGCAAUUGGCAGCUAACAGAGGGCAGAAACUCGAGGAGUCUUUGACCUACCAGCAGUUCCUCGCCAAGGUGGAAGAAGAGGAAGCCUGGAUCACGGAAAAACAGCAGCUCCUUUCGGUUGAGGACUAUGGCGACACCAUGGCAGCUGUUCAGGGGUUGUUGAAAAAGCAUGACGCCUUCGAGACCGAUUUCGCGGCACAUGGAGAACGCUGCAAGGACAUUUGCAAUGCUGGCGAAGCUCUCAUUCAGGCUGGCAAUCAUCGCGCCGACUCGAUCGGCCAACGAUGCUCCCAGCUGCGCAACAAGCUUGAACAGCUGGGCGCACUUGCAGCUAGAAGGAAGACAAGACUGAACGACAAUUCCGCUUAUCUACAGUUCAUGUGGAAGGCUGAUGUUGUGGAGUCCUGGAUCGCUGAUAAGGAGACACAUGUUCGUUCCGAGGAGUUUGGAAGGGAUCUCUCUACUGUGCAGACUUUGCUCACCAAGCAGGAGACUUUUGAUGCAGGACUUCAUGCUUUUGAGCAUGAGGGCAUUCAGAAUAUCACCACCUUGAAGGAGAUGCUCGUUGGCUCUGGUCAUGAUCAAACUGCCAGUAUCCAGAAACGCCAUGGUGAUGUCAUCGCUCGGUGGCAGAAGCUCCUUGCAGAUUCGCACUCCAGGAAGCAACGCCUUCUACGUAUGCAGGAUCAGUUCAGACAGAUCGAGGAGCUGUAUCUUACCUUCGCCAAGAAGGCCUCGGCUUUUAAUUCCUGGUUUGAGAAUGCUGAAGAGGAUUUGACAGAUCCAGUACGGUGCAACAGCAUCGAGGAGAUCCGUGCUCUUCGUGAAGCCCAUGCCCAAUUCCAAGCUAGUUUGUCUUCUGCUGAGGCUGACUUCCAGGCCCUCGCUGCUCUUGACAGGCAGAUUAAGAACUUCAACGUCGGGCCCAAUCCUUACACUUGGUUCACUAUGGAGGCACUCGAAGAUACCUGGAGGAACCUGCAGAAGAUCAUCAAGGAACGCGACGUCGAACUUGCUAAGGAGGCGCAACGACAGGAAGAGAACGACAAGUUGAGGAAGGAGUUCGCUAAACAUGCCAAUGCAUUCCAUCAGUGGCUAGCGGAGACGAGAACGUCUAUGAUGGAGGGCUCUGGAUCGCUCGAGCAGCAGUUGGAAGCCACAAAGCGAAAAACUCAAGAGGUACGAGCUCGCCGUCAAGACUUGAAGAAGAUCGAAGAUCUGGGUGCGAUCCUCGAGGAGCACUUAAUCUUGGACAAUCGGUACACCGAACACAGUACAGUUGGCCUGGCUCAACAAUGGGAUCAGCUGGAUCAGUUAGGCAUGCGGAUGCAACAUAACUUGGAACAACAAAUUCAAGCUCGCAACCAGUCGGGAGUGUCCGAAGAUGCGCUCAAGGAGUUCUCGAUGAUGUUCAAACACUUCGACAAGGACAAGAGUGGCCGGCUCAAUCACCAAGAAUUCAAAUCCUGCCUGAGAGCACUCGGUUACGACCUACCAAUGGUGGAGGAAGGACAACCCGAUCCAGAAUUCGAAAACAUUCUCGAUAUCGUCGAUCCGAACCGAGACGGAUACGUGUCCUUGCAAGAGUACAUGGCGUUUAUGAUAAGCAAAGAAACAGAAAAUGUCCAGAGCUCCGAGGAGAUAGAAAAUGCUUUCAGAGCAAUUACAGCUGCCGAUCGACCUUACGUUACGAAGGAUGAACUUUAUGCGAACCUCACCAAGGAAAUGGCCGAUUAUUGUGUAGCUAGAAUGAAGCCUUACGUCGACCCGAAAACCGAGCGAGCGAUUACGGGAGCGCUGGACUAUAUCGAAUUUACUCGCACUCUAUUCCAAAAUUAA